GAGCCAAAUUCCAACCUAUAAUAAGAGUUGAAGAAAGUGGAGGGAAACAACAUAUUCUUUUUUUCUGUGGCUCAUUUCCGAUCAAAACAAUAUGAGUGGUGGUGAACUGCCGACCGCGAAAACCAACUGUAAACGUGUCCCUCAAGCCGAGCCCAAGAAGAACAAUGCGUGCAAGCUAAUUCAGACAACACGCACGGCCGCCACCUGCCACACCUCUCCAUCACCAAUCUUCCCUCCUUCCACCGCUCACUUCCUUCUUCCCCUGCAUCCCCAACUACCUUCGCUUCACUUCGCUUAGCAGAUGGAGGGUGUCGCCAUGGCUCUAUCAUCAUCCUCAUCAUCAUCCCUACUCCACCCAUUGAUCCUCUCCCGCACCAGACCCACCAACCAAUAUCCCUUCUCCAUACCCACCUUCCCUCCUCCCGCUGUGAUCACCAACUCCGCCGCAAACCGCCUUCGCCGCCGCAGCAGCAAGUGCCACGCAGUCACCACCUCGCAUCCUCCUCCUCCUGCAAUGGAUCAAAAUUCCGACAACGACGAAGCAGUGCUGUUCGGCGAUCCCUUGAUCGAAGCGGGGCGGAGCGAGGAGAGAGUGGCGGUGGCGGAUUACGACUGGACGGAGGAGUGGUACCCGCUCUACUUCGCCCGGGACGUCCCCGACGACGCUCCGUUGGGGCUCACUGUGUUCGACAAGCAGGUUGUGGUGUACAGAGACGGAGCAGGGCAAUUCCGAUGUUACGAAGAUCGAUGCCCGCACAGGUUGGCGAAGCUAUCAGAAGGGCAGAUUACGGACGGGAAGCUGGAGUGUCUGUAUCACGGCUGGCAAUUCGAAGGAGGAGAAGGGAAAUGCGUGAAGAUACCUCAGCUACCUGCAGGGAGCACGAUUCCCAAAUCGGCCUGCGUCCGAUCGUACGAGAUCAGAGAUUCGCAAGGAAUCUUGUGGGUGUGGAUGUCAUCGAGGACGCCGCCGAAUGCGAAGAAGCUGCCUUGGUUCGAAUCGGUGGCGAAACCAGGGUACCAGGAGGUUUCGACCAUCCACGAGCUUCCUUACGACCACUCCAUACUGCUUGAGAACUUGAUGGACCCUGCACACAUUCCGAUCUCCCACGAUGGAACCGACACCUCGACCAGCAGGAAGGAGGCUCAGCCGCUUCUGUUCGAGGUCACCGAGCGGUCCGAUCGAGGGUUUGCCGGGUACUGGGGGAGGGAAGCAGAGGGACUGACGAGCUUCCUGCGGUUCCAAGCUCCUUGUGUUCUGUCAAACGUAAGAGAAUAUACAGAUGCAAAUGGGGAGAAGCACUAUGCAACUGGGUUGUUUCUCUGUAGACCGGCGGGCCAAGGGAAGUCGAUGGUCCUCGUCCAGUUCGGUACCACCAAAGGUUUUAAACUGGCGAAAUGGAUACCCAAAUGGUUCAUACACAACCUCUCCUGCAAGAUAUUCGAACAGGACAUGGGGUUUCUGUCAUCGCAGAAUGAAGUUCUGAUGAAGGAAAAAGUUCCCACCAAAAAGCUGUACAUAAACCUGAGGUCUUCCGAUACAUGGGUGCUCGAGUACCGGAAAUGGAUGGAUAAAGUUGGGCAUGGAAUGCCUUACCAUUUAGGGCACAGCACCAUUUCUCUGCCCCAGGUUCCUGCUGUCGUGGAACAAGCGCCUGCUGGCUUUCUAGCUCGCGCAUCUGCUUCUCCGCCGGCUAAGGGAGGGAUCAUGGAGAUGCAUGCUCCCAACCUGACGAGCCGAUACUUCAGGCAUGUCGUCCACUGCAAGGAAUGCUUGGGCGCUUUCAGGACUUUCAAUGCUGCGAGGAAUGUGCUCUCUGGUGCAGCUGUUGCUCUGGUGGCGUUGGCUAUUCUGGCGUCUCAACGGCAGUGGAAGGCCUUUCUGUUGGUAUCGGCGGGACUAUGUUUGGCUGGAGUGCACUUCACCUCCACAGUUAUUGCUACCAAGACAACAAAUUUCAUUAGAGACCACAAGAGAUAGUGAUAGACUGAUAGUGAGUUUUGUGUCAAUGCCAACUUUUGAAUUGAACAUCAAGUUCGGUAAUUCUCUGUCACAUUUGAUACAAAAAUAUAUGAAACAAACAAUGCCCUAUUUAAAA